AUGCUCGCAGCCAGUGGAUUUGGAUGUGAUAGUGAGCGCGUGGUGGUUACAGCACCUGAUGAAGUGUGGGAAGAGUAUCUUAGGUCACACUCGCGCUCUGAAAGGUUACAAGGCAAAAGAAUAGAGAAAAUGGAUGAUUUAGCGGUUAUCGUUGGAUCCGAUCAAGCAAAAGGAUGUUACGUGCAAGGAAGUAGGAGUAUGGCCGCAUCGUCCUCUCGGGUCCAACGAGAUCUGAACAAGGCAUGGAUGGAUGGCGAUUAUGAUGUCGACGACACGGUUGACCUCUCAGAGGAUACUUUUGGUGAUUCGACGGGGAACACGCCAUUUUCUUCCGACACACCGUCCUGGGAAAAUCGAGUGUUUCGCAGUACUUCCAACCGCACAUCUUAUUCUGAUAGUAAUCGUAAUAGGAGUAGCACUAAGAAAUGA